ACUCCGGCUGUGCGCAGGGCCAGCGCGGACCAAGCAGCCGCGGAGACUCUCCGCCGAGAGCGCCUUUCUCGCUCCGCGCCUCCGCCGCCGCCGCCGCCUCCAGCCGUCCGUCGGGGGAGCGGCCGCCCAUUGUUUCUCUCCGCGGCGAAGGUGCCGAGCUGCCCCGACUCGGUCCGUGGGGGAGCCCCCGGUGCCGCACGUGUCCUGGGUCAUGAAACUUAAUCCACAGCAAGCUCCAUUAUAUGGCGACUGUGUUGUUACUGUAUUGCUCGCUGAAGAGGACAAAGUUGAGGAUGAUGUAGUGUUUUACUUGGUGUUUCUGGGUUCUACCCUCCAUCACUGUACAAGUACCCGGAAGGUCAGCUCUGAUACGCUGGAGACCAUUACUCCUGGUCACGACUGCUGUGAGACAGUGAAGGUGCUGCUAUGUGCUUCCAAAGAGGGCCUCCCCGUGUUUGUGGUGGCGGAAGAAGACUUUGAGUUCAUCCAGGACGAGGCGUAUGAUGCAGCCCAGUUCCUGGCCACCAGCGCUGGGAACCAGCAGGCGCUGAACUUCACCCGCUUUCUUGAUCGGUCAGGACCCCCGUCUACAGAUGUGAAUUCCCUUGAUGAGAAGGUGGCCCUCGCUUUCCGACACCUGAAGCUGCCGGCGGAGUGGAAUGUGUUGGGGACCAAUCAGACUUUGCGUGAUGGCGGCCCCCGGGAGACAUUGAUGCAUUUUGCCGUGCGGCUGGGCCUGCUGCGGCUGACGUGGUUCCUGUUGCAGAAGCCAGGUGGCCGAGGAGCGCUCAGCAUCCACAACCAGGAAGGAGCGACACCUGCCAGCUUGGCCUUGCAGCGGGGUUAUCACAAGUUGCACAAGCUCCUGACCGAGGAGAAUGCUGGAGAACCGGACUCCUGGAGCAGUUUGUCCUAUGAAAUACCCUGUGGGGACUGUUCUGUGAGGCAUCACCGGGAGCUGGAUGUCUACACACUCACCUCAGAGUCCCGGGCACACCGUGAACCCCCACUUCCCGCAGACAGCUGCACUGGGCACAUUUUUAAACUUAUGAACAUCCAACAGCAGCUAAUGAAAACAAACCUCAAGCAGAUGGACAAUCUUAUGCCCUUAAUGGUGACAGCCCAGGAUCCUUCAGGUCUGCUCACUGCCCAAGAUGCAGAUGGCUCGUUCCUUCCCUGCGCAUCAGGGUCCACGGACAGCCCGCAGCCUUCCUCUCCUCCUGCCGGUGCGGAGAGCUCUCCACACGGCCCCGGGAUCCCGGCCUCGCAGGUGGAACGUCCCUCUGAUUUCUCCAGCGCGGGCAAGGAAGAGAACACAGAUUGUUCCUGUAGGAAGAAAAAUAAAGGCGUGGAGAGAAAAGAGGAAGAGGCGGAGCCUACCGUGGACUCUGAGACUCGGUCUAAUCCCCAAAGCUGCCUUCAGAGCAUGUCUGAUUGUGGGGAGAAGGGGACAGAAGGCAUUCCACCCUGUGAAAUCGGAAGUGAAGAAACUCAAGCAAAAUCGGCCACAGCGGCCACAGCCCAGGGGUCUCUGAGCAGUGGGGGUGCUGCCCUGCCGGGAGUCACACUCAUGGAGUCAGGCCCGGCCCCGCAUUUCCCUGCAGGUGAACAGGAAAGCAGGUCAACAGGAGAUGCUGGUGUCCCAGAGACCGCAGAGGGAACGGAGCGUGGUCUCAGGAACCCAGAUGCCACCACCCAGAAGAAGGUGCUCGAAGCCGGGGAAAGGACAAAGGAAAGACUGGAGAACUCUCAUGUCGGUGCAGCUGGAGCCUCUCACGUCAAAGACACCAGGCAGCCUGUGGAUAAAGCCAUGGUUCCAAACUGCGUGUCUGCCACCAGCUCCCUGGACGGUGAGACGCCUGCUGAGUUGGUACUUGUAGUGAGUAAUGGAGGAGCCCCUAUUGAAAAAACUGCCGAAACAGAAACUUCCAGACGUUGUGACGCGAGUGCUGGUGAUCAGAGCCCUGCCAGCGUUCCAGCUGCUGCAAAUGGCAAGAUGGACGCUCCCUUAGCACACACGGGUGGGGCAGUGUCGUCCGCUGAUCUACCCUUCCCCCGGCCACAGAAUGAUGCUUUGCCGAAGGAGAAAGCAGAAACGAAUUCACCUCAUCUUCAGAGCCAGAACGACAAGCCACCCAUCUGCUCUCCACCUGGAGACGACCAACCUCGAGCUGCCCCUGCCAGUGGACAGAGCACAGUGACGUCUAGUGGUGUGCUGGCUGCAGAGCAUCGUGAUGACACAGUCACCCAGCCUGGAGGCCCGGCCACAGGCCCGCCCCACGCACAGCCUCCGCCCACUGCCGUCUGCCCGGAAGGCCCACAGGCUGAGCCCGUCACCCCUGUCCCUGUAGGAGACACCCAGGAAGAUGUGGGUUUUUGUCCCCUUGAAGUUUUGGAUAAAGAGGGCCAAACAGGAGGUGUGAACUCACAAACACCUCUCACAAACGCGCUUGAAGUGGAGCUGCCUCCACACGCUGUUUUCCCCAAAGCAGAGCGAGAGCCGGUGCCAGACCGGGCGGUGACAUCAGGCAGGACUUUCUCUCCGGCAGGCAGUCCAGGCAGUGAAUCAGUAACGAAAGAUGACGCACUUUCUCUUGUCCCCUCCCAGAACGAAAAGGGAACAGCAACUCCCCAGCCACAUACCGCUACAGACUGUAGAGAUGGCGGAGAUUGGAGUGAUCCAGAUAAGCAGCCACUAGAAGACCGUGCAGUAGGCCUGCCCACACCCCCCACUGCCCUGGAUCCUCAGCCCAGCAUGGGGAACGCCAGUCCUGGAGGAUUUGGCGGGGAGCAGGAGGACCCCUGCCUCCCAGCAGCCCCUGAAGUUAGGACCAUGGAGGGGGGCACCGACUCUUCCCAGCUACAUGUGGCUGAGGCCCCCUUGGCCUCUGAUUCCAGUUUGACUGAAGAAGGAAACAGCCCGGUGGUUCCAGAAAGCUCUGCGGCUCAUGGACAAGGUGACAGAUUUAAAGCAGUGAUUUGCUCCUCCACUAAGGAGGACACGCCUCCUUCAGGGGCGCUGCGGGAAGAGCAGGGAACAGACCCUCCGCGACAGGAGUCACCAGGGGUCCAGGGAGAACCUGGCGCAGCUGCCUGUGCCCGGGACAAAGCACUUGAACUCGGUGGUUCCCGGGGCACACCCUCGGCCUGUCUGAAUGCAGAAACUAAACACAACCAGGAAGUGGCCCCACCAGCCUCACUGCUGACUGAAGGUGGGGCCGCCCAGAGCCCGGUGUCACCGGGAGCAGGUCUGGCCGCAGACGCGGGCCAGGAAGCCGUGGGUGCGGAGCAGAGCAGCUCACCUCUGCUGCCGGGUCUGUCCCCAGAUGCAUCUCGGGCUCCUAAUUGCAAUGGACCUUUUGCUGUGGAUGGAGUGACAGACGCUCAAGCCCAGGGAGAGACCGCUGCUUGCGAGGCGAGUGGAAACAUGGCAUUGGAUGUGGCAGUGGGUAACGCGCUCCAAGGAACUGCGGAAGCCAGGGGAACGGCGUUGUCACACAGCGCCCAGGACCCGCCCGUUCCGGAAGUCUUGCUGCGCCAGGAGAACGGGAUCCAGGUUUUGCCAGGAGCCUUACCAGACAAAGGUGGGACUGACCUCCAGGCUGCUGCAGCCCCAGAGACGGUGCCUGCUGUUUCGGAGAAAGGGGAGCCGGAGGGAGCCCACCUCAGCUGUCCCCGGGAUGCCUCCGAGGAGGCACAGAUGAAUGACACACUGCACGCCCUCCUGCCUGGGGAGACCCCACCAGCGGCAGUACUCGUGAAGAAAUACCCGGGAGCCCUGCCGGGUGCUCUGCUGGAAGGGAGGAGCCAGAGAAGAUCAUUCCGCCGGUUCCAGGACCUGAGCCAGCAACAGGUGAGCAAAGCAGAUGUGAAGUUAACUUGA